CAUAAAUACAUCAGCUUCCAAGGAUGAGGUGACAGAGCUUACAACAAGAAUGGCAAACCCGACGGCGGACUGGGAGAAGGUUGGGGACAAGUUCUACCGGAAGAUUCAGCUCUAUACCGCGGUAUUUGAUCAAGACCUGGAGCUCGAGAACUACAUUGUGACGGGUUGCUCUUAUGGCGGUGCUAUAGCUCUACAUCGCGACGAGACGAAGCUUCACUCUUUUCGUGGCUCUCAAGCAUCGAAGUCCAGCAUUGACUUAUACAGCUGCGCUGGAAAGCUGAUCCGACGCAUAAAUUGGGACAAAGGUUCCAUUAAGGGCUUAGGAUGGUCAGAAGACGAGAAGCUCUUCGUCGUAACUGCAGAUGGUACGGUGAGAUGUUAUUAUGAUUUACAGGGGGAGUUCACCCAAUUCACCCUCGGUCAUGGAGCUGAGGAGUAUGGAGUGACAGCUUGCAGAUUCUAUGGCACUGGAUUCGUUGCACUGCUUGCAAAUAAUCACCUAAUUUCUGUUUCGAGAUACGAUGAGCCACGGCCAAAGUUACUUGCGACACCUCCUGAAGGCGAGGUUCGUUCUUGGACUCUCAUUCCUCCGGCCUACACGCUAUCUCGAUCAGUAGAAGUGCUACUUAGCAUUGGUCAAACUAUUUACGUUGUAGAUGCAUCCGAGUCGGAAGAUCGAAUGCUUGAUAUUGGCCCCUUUAGCCAUAUUAGCGUUUCUCCCAACGGCAAGUACGUGGCACUGUACACAGAAACCGGAAGGGCAUAUGUGAUCACAAGUGACUUCCAGAAUCGACUCAGCGAGUAUGAUUCGAAAUCUAGGAUACCACCAAAAGAUGUACAAUGGUGCGGGAACGAUGCAGUGGUUAUUGCUUGGGAGGACGAGGUUCACAUCAUUGCACCUAAAAAUGCUGCAGCAAAAUAUUUCUAUGAUGGUCGAGUUCAUCUCAUUGCUGAUCAUGAUGGUGUUCGUCUAAUUACGAACGAUGUCUGCGACUUCAUUCAGAAAGUCCCAGACGUGACAGAUGAAGUCUUCAGGUUUGGUACUGAGUCACCAGCAUCGAUACUUCUCGAUGCAGUGGAACAGCUGGAGAACCAGUCACCAAAAGCUGACGAUAACAUCCAAUUGAUUCGGCCAAACUUAGUCGAAGCUGUUGAUACAUGUGUGAAAGCAGCUGGUCAUGAAUUCAACAUCCACUGGCAGAAGCAGCUCCUGAAAGCUGCGUCUUUUGGCAAGUCAGUGCUUGAUAUCUACAACAGCGACGACUUUGUCGAUAUGUGUGAGACGCUUCGGGUCCUGAAUGCAGUGCGAUUCUAUGAGAUCGGCCUACCGCUGUCUUAUGAACAAUUCCUGCGGCUUACCCCCGAAAAGCUGAUCAGACGUCUCAUCAAUCGCAGAGAAUAUCUUUUGGCACUCCGGAUAUCCUCCUACCUGCGUUUGCCGACAGACCGCAUAUAUGUGCACUGGGCAUCACAAAAAGUUCGUGUGGGAUCCGAAGAUGAAGACACGAUAUGCCGUCUCAUAGUCGAGAAGCUGGCAGGAAAGCGUGGGAUUUCGUUUGAAGAGAUUGCUCGAGCAGCUUACGACGAAGGACGAGGCCGCCUAGCCACCGAGCUCCUCAAUCAUGAACCCCGAGCGGGGAAGCAAGUCCCUCUUCUUCUCAACAUGGAAGAAGAUGAAAUAGCCCUCGAUAAAGCCAUCGAGAGCGGAGACUCUGAUCUCAUAUUCUUCGUACUCCUCCAUCUCAAGAAGAAACUACCUCUGGCGUCGUUCUUCCGUGUUAUCAACAGUCGCCCCGUAGCAACCUCACUUAUCGAAUCCACCACACAAGCGGACGAUACUGAGUUACUGAAAGAUCUAUACUACCAAGAUGACCGCCGCACCGACGGUGCAAAUGUCUUCCUGCGAGAAGCACUCAAACAACCAGACUCUAAAACCGCAUCUGACAAGCUCACUCUGGCAGCCAAGCUACUUUCGGAUUCGAAGGAAACAUCUUUCGAGUUAAAAGCACUGCAAGAAGCAAGUACACUGCUUAAGAUGCAAGAGGCAUUUGAUCGUGAUCUGACAGAAAUAUUCACUGGAUUGAGUGUUAAUGAGACCAUCUUCAAACUCAUUAGAUUGGGUUAUGCGAGUCGGGCGAAGAAAAUGCAGAGCGAGUUCAAAGUACCAGAAAAGACAGCUUGGUGGCUUCGACUCCGAGCAUUGGUGUCGAAACGUGACUGGAACGAACUGGAAGAGUGGUCCAAAACCCGCAAAUCGCCCAUAGGCUGGGAGACGCAGCCAUUCUUCACACUCAUCCUCGGCGCUGGCAACCCAAAGCUAGCCAGCGUCUUCAUCCCGAAAGUGGCACCCGCUCUGCAACCAGGCGAGACAAUAGCCAUGUACGAGAAAUGCGGAAUGCGGGUGAAGGCUGCCGAAGAAGCAGUCAAGAUCAAGGAUGUAGAGACUGUUGAUCGGCUGAGGAACUUGGCUGGAGUUGGGACCGUGGAAGGGAGAGAGAUUGAACGGUUGGGUGCUGGACUCAAGCGGCCGUGA